GCAUCGAUCGCGUCCAUUUUAUAUGUAUCGAGUCGAAAUUUACAAUCAAUUGAUUAGUCCUGUUGACGUCGUAGGGCGCCCAAAAACAUUCGAAUUUCUGGAGCUGGCAUUCUCAUCUCUGAAUAUGGAGUGAUCAGAAUUUCCUUUACUUUCAGGAAUAGCAUCUUAUUUAUGAAAACUGCUUUUCAAAUCGAGGGUAAAAUUGAAGUGAUGGAGCAAGGGGAAGGCCAGUCUUCUGGCAAUGAAGAAACCCCUUACACGGUUGUUGUUCAAAUCCCCAAUCCAUAUGGAGACUCAUCAGAUCCUAUCUAUGUGUUUGGUUCAAGUAACCAGGGUUCAGACCAGACUGCAAGGAUGACUCAGCUUUACCAAGCUGUCAAUUCUGUAGAAUCUGAAAAUGUCAUCUAUGUCCAAGGAGAAGCAGAUGAAGGAUUGAAUGAUGAGUCAGCUGAAGCUGAAGUUCAUGAUGGGGAAACUGAAGAAGCAAUUUGUGAUGGGGAUGGUGGGGCCAUGGCUUUAUUGCAAGGGGCAACCCCUAUCCGUAUUAUAGCUCACCCACAUGCCAAGAGUUUUGUUUGGCAACAUUUUGGUUUUGUGCCUUUGGGUGAUACGGAUACUCCGGACCGACGUCGCGUCUUGUGUCGGCUUUGUCUGCGUGAAUUACCCUAUUGUGGCAACACGACCAAUUUGCAGUAUCAUCUGCAACGGUAUCACCGGGACGUGAUGCCCGCAGGCCUAAGGGAAAUGCGACCAUCACCACGGACGGCUAGACGGGCCUCUAGGCUCCCUGAUCCUAUUGGAGAUCCAGGUCAACUGAUUGUCGUGGAAGCUAGUCCAGAAGCGCGCCGACGAGGAAAUUACGCACGUCGUGGAGCCGCAGUACCUGGUGUAUUGAAUAACUCGUCAAUUCAUGGCGACAACGAAGUUUCCGUUCCAACUUCAACUGGAGCUUCAAAUCAACAGAAUUGGCAUUGGCAUAGUUCCCGCAAGCAGCAAUUGACUAAUCAUAUUACUCGCUCGCUAGUGACAGACUGCCUUCCUAUCGGCACCGUCGAAGGUCCAGGAUUUCAGAGUUUGAUCAAAUUGCUGGACCCUAGCUUUGAGUUUCAGACAGCCAAUCAGUAUCGAACACAGCUUCUUCCAACACUACACCAGGAAGAGAAAAAACGAAUUUUGUCGUCGCUUGCCGGAGUGGAAUACUGUUCACUUACGCUUGAUGUUUGGAGGAGUCGUGAGGUUGAUGUUUGCUACCUUGGCGUAGCGUGCCAUUUUGUCAACAGUGAGUGGGUAGUUGAUAGUCGCUAUCUCGCGACACUAGAACUUACACAAAACCAGGAUGCUGAAGAUCUGACAAGGAGGGUACAACGAUUAAUGGCCGACUGGCGUUUAACGGUACGCUGGGCUGUGACAGGUUCAACAGCCCCCGAACAUUCCGAUCUUCCUCCCGGACUGAUCAACAGUGCCCUGGCAGCCAUACACCUUCCCCAGGUGAAUUGCCUGGCUGCAGCUCUUCAACAUGCAGCUAAUAAGGCCAUGCAAGUUCCAUCAGUAGAAACAGCUCUGAAGCGUGUUCGUGUGCUUGUUAAUCACAUACAACGAACUCCAGAGCUAAGGAUUAAAAUUCAAGAACGCCUAGCAAGUCAGAACUUUUCGGGCCUUCCCUCCAGCCUACCUCGUUCUGCUUCCUGGUUUCAAGUUUAUACAGUCCUACAGAAACUGCAACUUGGGCGGGAUGUCAUUCAAGCUGUGUUUACAGAGAAUCGCGAAGAUACGUCGGCUUUUCUUCCUAAUCAAAAAGAGACGUUUGCUCUUGAUGCGCUACAGGCUGUAUUGAAGCCGUUAAAUGAAGCAGCAGAUACACUGAGUGGUGAUCCCUAUCCUUCAGUAUCGUUGGUGCUUCCUUUACUGUUCAAGCUAACUCAAGUGAAUCUUGCUGAAUCCUCCGAUGACACACAGCUUCUCGCCGAUCUCAAAAGCCUUGCUCGCAGCGCCUUGCGUAAUGCCUAUGAUCGCGAUGACACGCAACAGCUAUUACGAAUGGCAAUGUAUCUGGAUCCCCGUCUUAAAAGGCUACCGUUUUUCACCAAAGAAGAAAAAAUGACAGUUCAGCAAUUGAUCCGCAAGGAACUUACAAAGGUCAUUAAAAAACAAGGUGGAGCUAGUGCCAGCAGCCUAAAUUAUCGUGGGAUCCAAUCGCCAGCGGGGAAAAAACCGAAGCUUGCGGCGAUGCUGGAGGAUAUCUUCGCCGUACCAGUUUCUCAGGUGGUCGACGACGAUGAGAAAGAUGGUCUUGGUGGACAUGGAAAUUCCCCAUUAUCCUUACCAGAGAAUAUUGCCCAGUCCGAGCUUCAAUGCUACGAAAAUGAAGAGGCCGUCAGUUUAGAAGAACCCCAGCCUCUCCGAUGGUGGAAAGCUCGAGAGGGGCAGUACAAGUUUCUCUCAAAGCUCGCCCGGCGUGUCCUCUGCAUGGCCGCCACUGCUAUACCUAUGCGUCGGUUGCUCACAAGUGAAGGCCAAGCAUGGACUGAUCGACGUGGUGUUUUGCCAGCUGAAGAUCUUGAAGUCAUUUUCCUCAGUCACAAUUAUGGAGGAGGAAGCGGAACUUUGUCUGCCACUGCAACCGGGAUUUAAACCUGUUUUAAAUUUUAGAUUAAUAUUUGAAAUUUAGGUUUUUUUUCCCCGUUCUAAAGCACGAUUGUUUUGAUAUCUCCAACCUUGAACUUAGUUUCUUGUUGGAUAGAUUAUCGUUUGUUUUCUUUUUGCCCUUUUCUAACCACCGCGAGUGAUAAACAUUUUUGGGUCACUUUCGGUCAGCAGUCAUUGCUCAGUAAAUUUCAACCAAUGUCGAAUAAAGUGACUAUUCUCAGAGGGAAAA